AUAAGGGCCGUGGGCUGCCCAUGUGUCCAGUGGGGUGCUUUCUUGACCGGUGGGUGCCAUGGAUAUGGGGGUGGCCCUGCUGAGCCCCUUCCUGGCCCUGGCCGUCUCCUGCCUGGCCGUCCUGGCCCUCUGGAAGCGCCUGAGCCCCCAAAAGGGCCGCCUGCCCCCGGGGCCCACCCCGCUGCCCUUCCUGGGGAACCUGCUCCACGUCAAGACCAGCAACGCCUUCCAGUCCUUCCUGGCGCUGAGGGACAAAUAUGGUCCGGUCUUCACGGUGCACCUGGGUCCCCGGCCAGUGGUGGUCCUCUGCGGACAUGAAGCGGUCAAGGAGGCGCUGGUGGACCAAGCCGAGGAGUUCAGCGGCCGCGGAGAACUAGCCUCCCUUGACCGGAACUUCAACGGAACUGGGGUGGCUCUGGCCAACGGGGAGCGAUGGAGGCAGCUGCGGCGCUUCUCUCUGACCGCCCUGAGGAAUUUCGGGAUGGGGAAGCAGUCCAUCGAGGAGCGGAUCCAGGAGGAGGCCCAGUUCCUGGUGGAGGCCUUCAGGGAGACCCAAGGCCUGCCCUUCGACCCCACCUUCUUCCUGAGCCGCACCGUCUCCAACGUCAUCAGCUCCGUGGUCUUUGGCCGCCGCUUUGACUACGAGGACCAGACCUUCCUCUCUCUGCUGCACAAGAUCCACGAGAGCUUACUGGAGAUGAGCACACCUUGGGCCCAGCUCUACGACAUGUUUUCCUGCGUCAUGCGCUACCUUCCCGGGAGGCACAACCGCAUCUAUUCCCUGAUGGAGGAUCUGAAGGCCUUUAUUGCGGAGAAAGCCCAGGCCAACCUGGAGACCCUGGACCCUGACAACCCCCGGGACUUCAUCGACUGCUUCCUCAUCCAGAUGGAGAAGGAAAAGGGCAACCCUUCCAGCGAAUUCAACAUGGAGAACUUGGUGCCGACGGCCCUGAACCUCUUCUUUGGCGGGACGGAGACGGUCAGCUCCACCUUGCGCUACGGAUUCCUCCUCCUGAUGAAACACCCGGAUGUGGAAGAGAAGGUCCACCAGGAAAUCGACCGGGUCAUCGGGCGCGAACGCCUUCCUAGCAUCGAGGACCGGAAGAGGAUGCCCUUCACGGACGCGGUCGUCCACGAGAUCCAGCGGGUGACGAACAUCGUGCCCCUCGGGAUGCCCCACAGCGUGGUCCGGGACACGCACUUCCGGGGCUUCCUGCUCCCAAAGGGCACCAACGUCUUCCCUUUGCUGGGCUCUGUCUUGACUGACCCCAAAUAUUUCCACAACCCUGAGAAGUUCAACCCGGGUCACUUCCUGGACGCCAACGGAUGCUUCAAGAAGAACGAGGCCUUUGUGCCCUUUGCUUCAGGGAAGCGCGUCUGCCUGGGAGAAGCCAUGGCCCGCAUGGAGCUCUUCCUCUACGUGGUCAUCAUCCUGCAGAACUUCUCCCUGAAGGCCUUGGUCCCUCCGGAGGACAUCGACCUGACUCCCCAGGUCAGCGGCUUCGCCAACAUCCCCCCGGAGUACAGGAUGUGCCUGGUGCCCCGCUGCUGACCCUGCCCCAUCGUGGGACCACAACCACUUUCCCAGGCCCCUUUGAGGCCCCAGUAGUGGAGCAUUCCUCUUGUGCAAAGUCCUACCUCACAACCACACAACGUGCAACACAUACUUUGGAGAUGCUUUAGGUCAACCAAUACUCAUGGUAGAUUCACAGACUCAGAAGGGACUCCCAUAUGUCAUCUAGUCCAAAACCCUAAAAUGUCAAAAGCUGGAUAUGAGUGUGAUUUAUAGUUUUCUCCUUCCUCAAUCGCGCCGCCCCUAAAUAUUCUGCGCAUCAAACUGAUUGUCUCAGAGGCAAGCUAUGAAAAUAGACUCACGCAUAGCAGAGUUCUUAUCAGUUGAAUAGCAGAGUUUUGCUGUACAGCCUGACCUUGUGCCGCUCAUCGUUUAAUAAAACUCUUUGACUCAGA